AUGCAACAGUCAGCUGACUUAGAGAAUCAGAUGACGUCGGUGGAAAGAAUUUUGGAGUAUAACAACCUUCCAUCGGAAAAGCCGGUAGAAGUAGACGAAAAUGCCUUGCAGGAGCAACAUCCUGAUUUGGAUUUCGAUAAAUGGCCUGCGAAAGGAAAAAUCGUAUUUGAAAACGUGUCUCUGGAGUAUGAAAAACAACCUAAGAAUGAGAACGUAGAAGAAGCUAACGAGAAAGAAAAGCCAGCGUAUGCCAUACGCGGUGUAAAUUUCAUAGUUCAUCCCUCGGAGAAGGUAGCCGUGGUGGGCAGAACUGGGGCAGGCAAAAGCUCACUCGUUGCUGCACUUUUCAGGCUGGCUAAAGUGUCUGGUCGCAUCACCGUGGAUGGCGUGACGGUUGAGGAGGCGGGUCUGCACGCUUGGCGUUCUAGGCUGUGCGCGCUGCCGCAGCGACCGGCGCUCUUCGCGGCCACGCUGCGCGAUAACCUUGACCCUGAAUGCCGCUACAGCGAUGCCCAGAUUCACGACGCCCUAAAACAGGUGGCGCUGUGGGACAUGGUAUCAGCGCUGCCCGCGGGCUUGAUGACGAAGGUAGGUGAUGGCGGUGGAAACCUAUCCUCGGGGCAACGGCAGCUGGUGUGCCUCGCGAGGGCCGCUCUCGCCAACUGCACUGUCCUGAUUCUAGAUGAGGCUACAGCCAACGUAGAUACUGAGACUGAUGAACAAAUACAGGCUACGAUAAGAAGCAAAUUCGCCGGCUCAACGGUGUUAACAAUCGCCCAUCGACUCAACACUGUCAUGGACUACGAUAGAGUUAUCGUCAUGGACAAGGGCCGCGUAGUUGAAUCUGGACAUCCGUACGAGCUGCUGCGGUCGUUGAACUUGGAUGACGUUUCAUCGCGAUAUUCGCUUUCCGGGGCCUCAAGUAAACAUGAAGACAACAUUGUAGAGAAACGAAGCAGUAAUAUUGCUGAAAAUAGGAUUAAUCAGAGGCUCAACGUCGGUAUCUUCAAAGGUUUAGUCGAACAAACGGGACCAGAAACGUCGGCUUUGUUACACAAGAUGGCGGAGGAGAGCUUCCUCAAACGUGGAAGAAGAGAUAAAGCAGAUGAAAAACUAUCU